CGAACUUCCAAAUAUCAAUACGCGAAACAUAGGGUUUGCAAAUGUUUAUUCGUCCUCACUACUUUCAUACCAAACAUUUCAUAUAAGAAUUUUAAGAGUUUUAAAGUUUACGGUAGGACAGAAAAGAAAAACAAAGUUCGAGGUGAUAUCGCUUUCAUAUAAACAGGUGUCAGGGCUGCAAUAACUUGGUUAUCAAAACACAGAGAUAUGUUAUCUAAUGCGUUCCUGAGGUACGUGGUUAUUUACUUUCGGUGAAAUUGCUGUUUGAAAUGCCAGGCGUAAAGGCUCGCCCACUUGUUUGCGCAAAAUCCGUAAUCUGGAAUCCGACGUCAAGCUGUCACGGAUGUCUCUGUGAUGCCGCCGAAUAAGCGAGCUGGUUUCCAGGUAGCGUUGGGAACAAGCGACUAAUGGAAGGAAGCCCACUAGAACUAAUUGCUUGAGUAAAAAAUCGAGUUAUCUUGGGGUAAUAGUUCUCUCUGGCCAGGUAUAGACCAUUCACGCUGUUGGUGUGUUGGUUUGUUUAUGGUAAUUUCCAACGCCGGCCCCUUUGAAGGGCUAGCUUAAACGCUACAAGUGAAUGGUUUCAUCCCCUGUCGGGCAACCGUACCCGAGAAUCAAUAACACGCUAAGUCCUAGUAUUGUUUUGCGCUUCCACACAAACAUUGUGUUGAAAUUAGCAUCAACAAAACGAUUGCGAUGGAAAUAAGUGGUGAUUGUGCAUGAAGAAAACAGGCCGCGGUGGCCGCUCGUACCGACAAACGCAGUCGGCCAGGAGCUAAGUUAUUGGUUUUGUCGGCGCGUUUGCUUCACAGCUAGGUCCAGGAAAAAGGCGGUGGACAUUUUUUUAAUCGUAGUUCUUAUUGCGGCCUAUCACUUAUUACACCCAUAGCUGUGAACCAUAACCGUAAAAAAUGUGUGCACAGAUUUUAGCCGUAAAGAUUCUAAUCUUCGCACGGAGCAUUAUACAAAGUGACACUCUUCUAUUUGGUCAACGACCUUUGACUACAAAAUGUUAGAGUUGGGCGAGAGGAUCUGACUGACAUGUAGAUACUAAAAAAGCGUUAGAUUGCCAGUUUUAAUAAUAUAAGUACUUUAAGUAUAACCCUUAAUUAAACUUAUUGCUAGAUACGAUGACGAUUUAUGUCACCGCGGUAAAACUACGAUGGAAAACAAUAACUUCCAACGUGUGUUAAUUUUGGUCCGCUGCUACGGCCGGAGCCCGAUGCCUCGACCUCUAUCAUGCACGCCCUUGCUAAACGUCCUUGUUAAAUGGUUUGACCCAAAAGGUUAACCGUCAGUAAAAUUGUGUCAGGUUUGUUGGCUUAUUAUUUCUCACCCUAUGAGAGAUGUUUAACUUUGAGAGAGGCCCAAUCAUUACUAAUGUGCCCUGUGUAAAGAAACCCUUCUCGUCAUCGUAUCUUAUUGGCUAUACGCCGCGCGCAAGUCAUAUUUAUUUUCGUAGUGUUUAUUGCUAAACGUUUGUACCUGUGACCCGCGAUUAAAUUCUCUUUGCGCUGCGCUGUGAUUGGCCGACCAAUAUAGACCUGGCUACGCAUAGUUGAUUACUUUUCUGACAUGUGGGAACAAGGUGUGACUUUUAUUCAUUGACGGCUAAUUAGAGAACUCACUGAAUCGUGGACGGUAUAAUUUCAUUUUGUCGGAUCAUCUGUCCUAGUAAUAGUUUAUUAGUAACCCGAGCAUUAAGAGCUCUUAGCCAAGCCGCCAGCAAAAGAACAAGCAUAGUCGGACAUGCACUCGGACGAGAAGAAACCUUUCACCGUCAACGACAUCCUACAAGCUGCCGAGAGUACCAUGGCCAGUACUGAUGACAAGGAUCUGGGAGAACAUGCCAAGAACACAGAGGACAGCCAAGUCAAGAUCGUCCUUGAAGAAGCUGACCUCUGGAGGAGAUUCAAAUCCUUGACCAACGAGAUGAUCGUCACAAAGAAUGGACGGCGCAUGUUCCCCGUGCUGAAAGUAAACGUGACAGGCCUCGAACCAAAGGCCAUGUAUUCCUUUCUCCUGGAUUUCGUCUGCGUGGAAGGACACAGAUGGAAGUACGUGAAUGGGGAGUGGGUUUCAGGCGGGAAGCCCGAGCCGCCUACUCCGAGCUGCGUCUACAUUCACCCCGACUCGCCUAACUUCGGAGCGCACUGGAUGAAACAGCCUGUUGGCUUUUCAAAAGUCAAACUCACAAAUAAACAAAACUCUGGGGGACAGCAGAUCAUGUUAAACUCUCUACACAAGUACGAACCCCGGUUACAUAUCAUAAAAGUUGGCGCGUCGGAUAACAACCGUACAGUCGUCUCGCAUUCUUUUCCCGAGACUCAGUUUAUAGCAGUCACCGCUUAUCAAAACGAAGAGAUCACGAGUCUAAAAAUAAAGUACAAUCCGUUCGCUAAGGCUUUCCUGGACGCUAAAGAACGGCAGGAACAAAAGGAGGCUCUGGAGCAAGCGUCCGAAUCGCACUCAGCUUACUCCCAAUAUGGAUGGUUCUGUGCAGGGUCCACGCCGGUCUACCCGCAUCAUCACCACCCUUCCUCGUAUCCUCACAUUCCUUCAUCUCCGUACAACAGAAUAGGCCAACUAGGCAUCCGAAGUCAUCGACCUGCGCCCUACCCCAACCCAUACCAUAAGCGGACGGAUUUAUCUUCUCCUGGUCACCCCCAACAGUACUACGCCACGGAGUCGAAUCAACUUCUCUUUCCCGCCCCAGCUUCCAUUGAGAACCUAGCUGUGCCAAGCACCGUCGCCCAUCACUCACAAAGCGCGGGAAUCCACGCCGGGCUCACACUCUCACUUAGUAACGCUGCUUACGGACGCCCAGGGCACGAUGAAGCCAUGAAUCGAAGAGAAACAGACAAAUCCAAGUUUCUGCAAAGCGGGGGGCUGACUCUCCAUUCAAGCUGGAACACCAUACCGCAAGCUUAAAGUACAAGGACUCAGAACAGUUGUUCUUGUAUAUAUUGAUUGAGGGCGUCUGCCAAAGUCAUAAUUUAGUAUAUUUGCUUUUUGCCCUGCUUUCAGAGACCUUUUCGGUAUCUCGCACUCUGCAAGCAGAGGGGCCUUUAUUCAGCGACAAGGAAAUGGGGGUAACAACUCUAGAAUUUUCUGAUCAACUUCUAACUUUCAACCGGAAGUGGCUAUCUGUGCGGUUUUUUGGGGGGACGGAUUGUUAGUGUACAAGAAAUUUAAGGAAAGAAAAUAAAUUCGUCCAAAUGACGCUUAACAAAUUGUUAAUAGAUAUCGAAAAUACGAAUAUUUAAAUGAUUUUACAAAAGAAAUAACUCGAUGAUUUAGAAAAAAAUUGUAAAUAUUAUCUGUUCAAAUCAUUUUUGCAUUGUUCUUUGAUUCUAAAUUAGACUGUAUAGAAAAGCCUACUUCAGAAAGUAGGGAAUUGUAUAUUAAUAAAAAGGCGAUCUUAUAUGGCGCCAUCAAUAUUCAGACAUUGAAUCGCGUUAAAUAAAUUGUUGAAAUGAAA